UCGCUGCCUCACUUCUUCCAUAUUCUGACAUCUCAGAAACCUGGGACUACAAGUCCCAGCAUGCCAUGACCAGUACUUCCUGAGUGGGGGAGGGGAGCCGCUGGGAAGGAGGAAGGCACAAGGCUGGUGUAUGUACUGCAGUGCCAUGAAGUAGGAAGGAGAGACAUGUGGAGAGGUUGCUUCUGGGAAUUUGAGGCUUUGGCAGACACCCUAGGCCAGGAUGUCUCUGGUCUUCUUGGUGACAUGAGGGUUGUAAGGUCUAAUCAGGCCUCAGCUACUCCCCCGAGCCUCCAUCUGUGCUCAGCCAGUCCUCUGCUGGGGUGUGGGAGGCAAGCAGACAGUCUGGGCUCUGGAAAGAUGAAGCAACACAGAGAAAACCACUUGUGCCCCCACUGUGUACCUCCAAACAAAGAAGCCAGCAUGGCCUGGAUGGCCUCCCUCCUGCUGCUGAUCCUGCUGCUCCUAGCUUUAGGCUCCUGGGCCAGAAACUACCCUCAUGAGGUGGUCUGGGCCGUGCAAGAACAGGCAGUUUCUGUGAAAUGUCCAUCCCCUCUCCAGAACGGUAAGUACCUGAACAAAACCUGGUGUUGGCAGACAGAAUCAGGUUCUUGUGUCACUUUAGUCACCAGCUCUGGGCCCCAGAUAAUGGCCCAGAGUUCUUCAUACUUGCUCUGGGACAACCCUGCGGGUGGCUUCUUCAUUAUCACCAUGUUGGAAGUCCGGAAGAAUGACAUCGGACACUACUGGUGUGGGACAUUGAGUGGAGAAUCUGUUUCUGUCAUCAAAAACAUCACCCUGAUGAUGUACCCAGUGCCGACAUUCUCCACCAGAGUCUCUGAGUGCAGUUUGCCUGCCAACAAUUUCCUGGUGUUUCUGUUGUUUGGACUUCUCCUUGUGACCAAAGUCAUCGUGCUCACGGCUCUCCUCAUCUUCUUGUCCUAUCGAACAUGGAGGUACUUCGGUGCUGCAGGACUAGUGGUAACAGCUGCCCCCAACUCUGUCAAGAUGCCGGGGCCCAAGGGCACUGCCUCCUGAACCUGGGGUACCCCGCCUCCUCUGGCUCCUCUGGGACCAUGGAAGGAAAAGGCUGUCCCAGUGCCUCUGGAAGACACCUCCCAGGGCCAGAAGCCACCCUGUGAUGGUGCCUCUCGACACAGUGCCUAGGACCCCAGAUUACCUUCUCCAACACCACGUCUCCAAAGCCGGGACCCACCACCUAUGGGACUCUCUUUGUAUAUCGGAGCCACCCCUUUUCUCUCCUGGCUCCCCUCGAUGGUACCAAACCCCGCUUCAGGCAUCUUCUCUCCUGCCCUCCGCCCCUCCAGUGCAAGACCCUUGGUUCCCAGGCUGCCAGUGUCCACUUCAGUCAGCUUUGGCUCCUUUUUCUCCUGCUGGAAGAAUUUACCUUAGUUGAUACUACCUAAAAAUGUAACAUUGGCUAUUUCCAACAAUGGAUGUGAAUUUAUAAACAUGACAAUGGAGGAAAAAUAUUUUCAUCUUUGGCAGUCAAAAGGCUGAAAACAUUUAGUACAUAAGUGUCUCUUAUAAAUAAGAAGCAGGCAAACAUUUCAAUUUUUUUAAAGGGCUAGAGAUAUGAAUAUUGACUCGUUAUAGAAUUAAGAAAAAAGGUGUAUGAAUUUGUGUUCAAAGAAAUGAGUAUGUGAUCAAAGAAAUCUGAAAUGAAGUGAGACCUGUGUUUUACCCGUCAGUUCAAAAAAAGGUUAAAAUAAAUGAAAGUCAUAUUCUGUGCUGGAGAGGGGGAAGGAGAGAGGAAUUCUCAUGAAUUCUUGGAAGGUUAUAAUUGAUAACCUCCUCCUGGAGGGCAGUGUGGUGAUGAAUUAAAAGGCAGAAGAAGUAAUUUAUUCAUCCACUCUACCACUGAUGGACAUUUAUGCUGUUUCUAAUUUUUGGCUGCUGUGAAUAAGUCUGUUAUGAACAUUCAAAUAAAAAGGAAAGAACGGAAAGUCAACCAAAGAAAUGACUAGAAUAUUCUGUAAGUACAUUUCUGAGUAAUUUUCUAAGUAAUUUCAAAGUAAUUUGAUGAGUGUGCGAUAAUUGUUGUUUUAAGAAGUCAAUUACCCAAGACACAAAGGCAACCCCACUCUACCUUCUCCUUGUUCUCAUUCCCACAUCAAGUACAUUUCGUAUCUUUCCUCAGUUUAUUCUGGUGCUUACCUCUAUACUUUUGGGUGAGAAAAAAUGUAA